AUGACCCGACAGCCCAGGGCGAACCACCCCGCUGUUGGUGACAACAACGAUGUUCCCAACGGCGGAAGCAAUCUCAACAGCAACAACGACAACAGCACAGGCGGCAGCAACAGCAACAGUAAGGCCACUGGCAAGGACGAGCCCGCGGCACCCGCUGCAGACGUGGAUACACGGCCUGGUGCCACAGAAGCAGAACACGCAGGCUCCCCACACGAAAGCGUGGACAUCCACGGCACUGCACAAACUGCACAGGCAACACGCGCCUCAACCACAAACAGCAGCAGCAGGCAUAACGACGCGGUUCCUGAGCACUCGCGUGUCGACAAACAGACCACCCGCGUUGCGGUGUCACAUUCCCGCCAUCGCGAAGACGACAACGACAGUGAUGAUGACGAUGAUGACGACAGUGAUGGUGGUGAUGAUGAUGAUGAUGAUGAUGAUGAUGAUGAUGAUGAUGAUGAUGAUGAUGAUGAUGAUGAUGAUGAUGAUGAUGACGCUGGUGAUGAUGACAAUAAUGCCGAUACAGAUGCAGCAACUUCACACAUUUCCACGACAACCGACAGUAGCAGCACCACCGAUAGCAGCAGCAGUAGCGAUGGUAACAGCCGCGGUGCGGACGAUGAUAAAGUGUCGGCGUCACGAGCACGUGUAAGCCCCAGCGAAAACGCAGCAACACCCUCAGCGGCAGCACAGCAGGUGCAAGCGGCCGUGCGCUCUUCUCCUGAUGCUGAUGACAGCAAUGGCGAUGACGAUGACGACAACAACGCCAAUGACGACGGUGCUGAUAGCCACAGUGAGCGUUCCCACAAUGAGAACACUGGUGCUCCCGGAACGGCGGCUCCCAGCGGGCGACAAAGACAUCACGUUGGACAACCCAUCGCUGGCUCGACCCUGCCACUCACACACCCAACCCUCAAACAGCAGCAGCAGCAGCCUGCCGCGAUGGCACGUGCGCCUGUUGGUGCUGGCAUGUGCAUGGCUGCGCCGGGCCUUUCCCCGUGCGCUGCUCCUCGUGGUGGCGGCAGCGGUAGUGGUGAUGGUGAUUGUCUGGCUGUGGCCCCGCCGUCCACCAUGGCUGCUCCUGCAGAUGCGGCGGCAACAGCGAGACUCUGGCGCGAACAGGCCACACUGCUUCCCCAGGAUGUGUUUGAUCGCGACAUUGGUGUGGUGAUUGGAAAGGAGUACAUCAUCCGCGGAAAGCGCAUCUUCCAGUGCCUCGACUGUUCAGAUGCCUACCCAUCUUUCAGCAAGUUGCAACGCCAUUCACGUCGACACACGGGCUACCAACCUUUCAAGUGCCUCAUCUGCUUCACCAUGUUCACGCAAAAGGCGAGCUUGAAGCAGCAUCUGCGACGCCACGAGCCGUCGGACCUGCUGGACUUCUUCCACGUGCCAACACCAGCGCGCCCGAGCCACGUGCAGGUGGUGGUCGAGGCCCUGAUCCGCGACCUGGUGCACAUUGCGCACGUGGAGCCCAUCCCCGCCAACAUCCCCGCCCUGCAGCGCUACGUCGCCCGUACGUGGGCCACGCAACAGAAGCACCUGCAGACGGACGCAUCAGGGUUGCCAAACAUGGACACGCCGCUCUCGCUCCUGCCCCAGCAGCAGCAAUCGUCAUCACCAGCCACGGAGCACACGGCAACAUCACCACCACUGCAAAGCAGGCCGCGAAGAAAGGCUGGGGGAAAGAGGGCGGCAAGGACAAAGCCGGCAACGCGGGCAUCGAGUGGCAGCAGUGGCAACAACGCCAACACGCUUGCCGCAUCUUCACGCCAACACAGCGCUACCCUAGCCACCAGGACCGCUGCAACUGCUUCUCCCUCUCCCCAGCAGCCAACAGACACGACGCAGACGCCUGCUGUUGCAAAUGACACCUUACCAAUGCAACAAAAGCAACAACCACAACAGCAGCAACAACAACCACAAGUGCACAGUGUCAUGAAUCCCUCGCCCUCGCUCCUCAGCAAUCCUGCACAACCCAUUUCGGAACCCAGCCUGCAAGCACCGAGUGCUGCGGGUGCGCUUGCGCCUCUUCUUCAACAUCAUCAACAGAUGCAGCUGCUUCAGCAGCAAUUGCUGCAGCAUCACCAGUUGCAGCGCGGCCAACCACAGGCGAUGCAAGGCAUGCCAUAUGGGUUGCUCAGUGCCAUUCGUUCCGGCAUGGCGCCCUUCCUUGCCAGCGCCACGCGCAACACUGCCAGUACAGCACAGACCAGCAGUCAGCAUGGGCAACAACCUCAGUACCAGCAACAACAGCAGCACCAGCAACAGUGGCAACAGUUGCAACAAGCAGGCCGCCCUGCCAUGCCCGCGACUGGCAUGCUCCUCGGGAUGAACGACAAGGCCACGCCUGCUUCCAGCCAGCACCAGCAACAACAGCAGCAAGGACAGGAAGAACAGCAAGACCACACGGCAUUGGGUUCCGUUGGUCGGCCAUCAGCCAUGUUGGGACGGCGCAAGACACACCGCCACGGCCGCAGAGGCUCAAGCACCAUCGAACGGACAGGAAGCGUUGCUGCAGCUGACCCAAUCAAGAGUGAGGUCAGCAGCGAUGAGGACAAUGAUGAUGGUGAUGGCAACGAUGUAGACGCCGUGCAGGCAAGCAAGCGAGCCAAGGUAGCGGCUUCAAAGAGACCUGAGACCAGGCACAGCGGGGGCGUGUCAAACGGACCGACAACUUAUCGUAAGGGUGUCGGAACAGCGGCUUUGCCUGCAGGCAAGCGCGCAGCGACAGCUCCAGUCGCAGCACCAACGGGAAGAGACGCUCUCAUCAACAGCACAGGUGGAGCAGGGAACGACAAUGGCGACGAUGUGGAGGACGACCGUGAUGGGCACAAUGGUGGUGGCAAUGAUGAUGAUGGUGGUGGUAACGGUGAUCACUCACCAGAACACCGUGCCACCAGCGAUGCCAGCGAUGCCAGCGAUGCCAGUGACGUUGCGCAAGUGCUGUGGGACCUGAAUCGUCGUCCCAGCAAGGGCGCCACAGACGCGGAAGCAGCAGCAGCAGCAACGUCAGCAAGCACUGCAGCACCCUCAGCCACUGUACCUCGUGCGAUUGCCUCUUCAACGCCAGUCACAGAGGCAAGCGUGUUGUCACCAGGAGGGGCAGCGGGCGUGAGAGAAGAAGGGGAAGAUUCGCCAGGCUCCCACGCCACCGCUUCGCAGCACAAGCACAGGAAGAAACGGCACAAGACGAAACACAGGAAGGAGAGGAAAGAGAGGAGAAAGGAGAGGGAGAUGCGGAAAAGCAGGCCCAAGGGCACGUCAAGGAGCAGGAAGGCGUCCUUUGGCCAUGUGUGGGCAGCAACUAGCAUGGGCGAAGAAGUGCAGCCAGUGGUGCCCCGGCGCGGUGCUGCAGCCACCACACCAACAGCGACAAUACCAGCACCAGCGCCAGUAGUGACAGCAAGCACGGUGUCGUCCACAUCUGUGUCCACCUCCCAGAAUGCCAUGCUGUCCUCCAUGCUCGCAACCCAACAGCAGCAACAGCAACAGCAACAGCUUGCGCUCCAACGUCGGCGUGCACUGGUGGCCAAACAGCAACUGCUGCAGCUGCAGUCACAGCAGCGCCGCCGUGGCCGUGGCCGUGUUGAUCGCAGCGAGCCCACAUCCUCACUCUCCUCCCCAUCCCAUGCCACCACAGCCGCUGUCAGCAACCCCACAGAACCCACGACGACGGUAGCCACCCCAGCGCAACAAGUGCAACAAGUACAGCCGGUACAACCAGUGCAGCCAGCGGUGGCAGGGGCCGACCUUGGUACGGCGCACGAGGGUGCUGGGAGUGCGCCCUACCCGGCACAGCUGGCAGCACUCUAUGCCGGAUACCAACAGCAACUUGCGCACCAAGUACAGCAGCAGCAGCACCUUGGCUUGCAUGGCGGCGUGACGGCAGCGCCCAUGUGUGCCCAGGGCUACCCAGCAUCCAUGAUGCACGGGGGUGGUGCCUUCAUGCAACAACAGCCAUCUCAGAUGCAAGCACAGCAACUGCAACAACUGCAACUCCUUGCGCAACAGCAUCAACAACAACAACAACAACAACAACAACAACAACAACAACAACAACAACAACAACAACAACAACAACAACAACUGCAGCAUCAACCGUACCCUCAACUUCCAUACAUGGCGCAGGGGCAGGUGCCACCACAUGUGCAGCAGCAGUUGCUUCACCUACAAAUGCAACAGCAAAUGCAGCCUCAGCAGCAGCAAAUGCAACCACACGUGCCAGGCAUGCUGCCUCAGGGCGCCUGGCCUCAAUUCAUGGGCAGCAACGUCGCCAGCAAUGCCUUCCCCAACAACGGCGCGAGCAAUGCCUUCCCCAACAACACAUUUCCUCCCUGGCAAUAG